AUAAAAAGGAAAGAAGAAGAGGACGACGAUGGCUGUAAAUAUGUGACCAUGAAAAUGGCGAGAGAGAGGCUGAGAUAAUUUGUCUUAUCCCUUAACAAAAGAUAAAGACUUUUAAUGAUCGGAAGGAGCAAGAUGAUGGGGCCACACGAACCAUACACAGAUAGAGAUACUCACAACAACACACCUUCAGUUUCAAAUAAAGAGCUUUUCUUCAGUUGCUCAGUGAGUUUUAAGUUAAACCAACCAUGGCGAAGAUGAUGAUGUUGCAACAUCAUCAGCCUUCUUUCUCUCUUCUUACUUCUUCUCUCUCUGAUUUCAAUGGCGCUAAGCUCCAUUUACAAGUCCAGUACAAGAGGAAGGUUCAUCAGCCAAAAGGAGCACUCUAUGUUUCAGCAUCGACUGAAAAGAAGAUUCUGAUUAUGGGUGGCACUCGAUUCAUCGGUGUGUUCUUGUCCAGGCUCCUUGUCAAAGAGGGACAUCAGGUUACAUUGUUCACAAGGGGUAAGUCUCCUAUUGCCAAACAAUUGCCCGGUGAAUCUGACCAAGACUUUGCUGAUUUUUCUUCCAAGAUUCAUCACUUGAAAGGAGACAGAAAGGACUAUGACUUUGUCAAGUCAAGUCUUUCAGCAGAAGGCUUCGAUGUUGUCUAUGAUAUCAACGGUAACAUCUGGUCUCUUUGGUACAUCUACUGUUCUUCAGCUGGUGUUUAUCUGAAAUCUGAUAUCUUGCCACACUGUGAGGAGGAUGCAGUUGACCCUAAGAGCAGGCACAAGGGGAAGCUGGAGACUGAGAGCUUACUGCAAACAAAAGGUGUAAACUGGACUUCUAUCCGUCCUGUGUACAUCUACGGUCCAUUGAACUACAACCCCGUGGAAGAAUGGUUCUUUCACCGUCUAAAAGCUGGUCGCCCAAUACCAGUUCCAAACUCUGGGAUACAGAUCUCACAACUCGGUCACGUUAAGGACUUGGCAACAGCCUUUCUCAACGUGCUUGGUAACGAAAAAGCCAGCAGAGAGAUAUUCAACAUCUCAGGGGAUAAAUACGUCACUUUUGAUGGGUUAGCAAAAGCUUGCGCAAAGGCUGGUGGGUUUCCAGAGCCAGAGAUUGUCCACUACAACCCGAAAGAGUUCGACUUUGGGAAGAAGAAGGCAUUCCCUUUCCGUGACCAGCAUUUCUUUGCAUCGGUGGAGAAAGCAAAGCGUGUCCUGGGGUGGAAACCAGAGUUCGACUUGGUUGAGGGUCUCACUGACUCAUACAACCUUGAUUUCGGUCGUGGAACUUUCCGGAAAGAAGCGGAUUUCACCACUGAUGAUAUGAUUCUAAGCAAGAAACUUGUUCUUCAAUCCUAAGAAUCGCUCAUAGUUGGCUUGUUUUGAUUGUGAUCAACCGGAUCUCUUUAAGAUACUCACAUUUAUUGUCAUCUCACGUCUAUUUUCGUUUGAAGAGCCGUAAGUAACUAAACAGAGACGACGGUCUGGCUCUCGCUCUUAGUAACUUGGAAAUUUGGUUUUCAA